GCCUUGGCUAGGGUUUUGGUUACUUAUCCUACCGCAGCUUCUUCCUCUUUCUCCCAACACUUUGUUUUGGUUCUGUCCGAACCAUAUCUUCGAUUUUCUGAUUCUUCUUUUUUUUUGGGUUUUUCAUCUUCAAAAACAAUAACCUCGGGACUAGUUGGUCUUGUGAAAUGACGACUUUGAACCCUUUCGAUCUGUUGGAUGACGACACAGAGGAUCCAACCCUGCUCGCUGCAGCUAAGCCAUUGAAGGUUGAGAAAGCUGCUCCAGCUCAGCCUGCUAAGCUGCCCACUAAGCCCACUCCUCCUUCUCAAGCUGUGAGGGAAGCCAGAGGAGGUCGCAAUGGUGGAGCACGUGGUGGUGGCCGUGGAAGAAAUGGUGGAUUCAACAGGGAAUCCAGGAACAGUGAUGCUCCUGCUAAUGAAAACGGCUACGUUGGAGGCUACAGACGAUCUGAAGGAGGAGAUGCAGGGAGACGUGGUGGAUACCAACGUGGUGGACGCGGUGGUGGUCGACACGGAGAUUCUGGUGACGUAGAGCGCCCUCGUAGGAACUUUGAACGUCACAGUGGAACCGGUCACGGAAAUGAGUUCAAACGUGAUGGUGCUGGCCGUGGCAACUGGGGAACCAUCGAGGAUGAGAUUCCUCCGGUGACUGAAGAAUCCACAACAGUGGUGGCUGUUGAGAAGGAAGGUGGUGAAGGUGAAGCAACUGAUGCUAACAAAGAGACACCUGUGGAAGCUCAAGCAGAGAAAGAGCCUGAGGACAAGGAGAUGACUCUUGAAGAGUAUGAGAAGGUUUUGGAAGAGAAGAGGAAAGCUCUGCAGGCAACCAAGAUUGAGGAGAGGAAGGUUGACACCAAAGUCUUUGAGUCCAUGCAACAGCUCUCUAGCAAAAAGAGCAACAACGAUGAGGUCUUCAUCAAGCUGGGAACAGACAAGGACAAGCGCCCAGCUGAGAAGGAAGAGAAGACCAAGAAGUCGUUGAGCAUAAAUGAGUUCCUGAAACCUGCGAAUGGAGAGAGGUACAGAGGUGGUUACCGUGGUGGAAGAGGAGGUCGUGGACCAAGAGGAGCUGAUGAGGGAGGUCGUGGACCAAGAGGUGGAGCCGAGGGUGGUCGUGGACCAAAAGGAGGAGCUGAAAGAAAGGCUGCUGCGCCUGCACCAAAGAUUGAAGACGCUGCACACUUCCCUACUCUGGGAAAGUGAAGCUCUCUCUGGUUUGGUCCUUCAGCCUCCGUUUGGUCUGCUUUUGUUUUUGUAAUCUCUCACCCGGUUCUCUUUUUGUUCUUCUGAUUUCAUUGUUAUCGUCAUACUUGCUGAAGGCUUUUUGUUCUACGAACCCAAGUUUUGGGAUUUUUUUGCUAAGUUAAAUGAGGCAGAAAAAAAUCAGUUCUCCAUCAAA